CAGACGAUGGAAACAACGAGCAGCAGCGGGAGCAAAGCGGAGGAGCAGCCGACAGACGGAGGGAUGGAGGCGGACAGGUCCAUGUCGAGGUCGGACAGGCCUGAAGAGAGGAGUCCACUGCUCUCUGAUCUUGGCCUCUGUUGUCUUCCCGUCUUUAACUCCAGUGAGAGUGGAGACGAUUCCCUGGAUGGCCUUUCCAACCGCGUCCCCCGCUGCCCUCUGACCCCGUCUUUAUCGCCACAAAAACGGACCACGAGCCAGUCCAAGACCGAGCCUCCGCUGCUGAGGACGGACAAACGGACCAUCUACACCGCCGGCAGACCGCCUUGGUACAACGUCACCGGGACCACCUUCAAAGAGGCCUUUGUUAUUGGUCUGUGUGGAGGAAGUGCUUCUGGUAAAACCACAGUCGCCAAUAAGAUCAUUGAAGCACUUGACGUUCCCUGGGUGGUUCUGCUCUCCAUGGACUCUUUCUACAAGGUGUUGAAUAAAGAAGAGCAGGAGCUCGCUGCUAAGAACGAGUAUAACUUCGACCACCCCGAUGCCUUCGACUUCGAGCUGCUGGUCACCGUCCUCAGAAAGCUGAAGAAAGGAAAAAGCAUCAAAGUCCCGGUUUACGACUUCACAUCGCACUGCAGACGCAAAGAAUGGAAAACGGUGUACGGAGCCAAUGUGGUCAUCUUUGAGGGCAUCCUGGCCUUUGCCAACAAGGAGCUGCUGAAGCUGCUGGACAUGAAGGUGUUUGUGGACACAGAUUCUGACAUCCGCCUGAUACGGAGGCUGAAGAGGGACAUUUCACAGCGCGGACGGGACAUCAGUGGCAUUAUCAAACAAUAUAAUAAGUUUGUGAAGCCCGCUUUCGAGCAGUACAUCGAGCCCACGGUGCAGUCAGCUGACAUCGUGGUGCCCAGAGGUGGAGAAAACUUUGUAGCGCUGGAUUUGAUUGUUCAGCACGUUCACAGUCAGCUGGAGAAGCGUGAGAUCACUGUGAGAUCGGCUCUGGCCUCGGCUCACCAGGGGCAGCCUUUACCCAAAACCCUCAGUGUGAUGGAGAGCACCCCGCAGGUCCGCGGCAUGCACACCAUCAUCAGGAACAAGGAGACUAACAGAGAUGAGUUUAUCUUCUACUCCAAGAGAUUAAUGAGGCUUCUGAUAGAACAUGCCCUCUCCUUCCUGCCUCUCAAGCCGGUAUCUGUGGAGACGCCUCAGGGUGGCGUCUAUGACGGCAAGAGGCUGAGCGGUAAAAGAAUCACAGGUGUUUCUAUCCUGAGAGCAGGAGAGACCAUGGAGCAGGCUCUGAUGGCUGUGUGUAAAGACAUCAGACUGGGAAAGAUCCUCAUCCAGACCAACCAUGACACAGGUGAACCAGAGCUUCACUACCUUCGUCUGCCCAAAGACAUCAGUGAAGACUACGUCAUCCUGAUGGACAGCACCGUGUCCACCGGAGCCGCUGCUCUCAUGGCCGUCAGAGUGCUGCUAGACCACGAUGUAGCAGAGGAUAAGAUCUUCCUGUUGUCCCUGCUAAUGGCGGAGAUGGGUGUCCACUCGGUGGCCUAUGCCUUCCCCAAAGUCCGUAUCAUCACCACCGCCGUGGACAAGGAGGUCAACGACCAGUUCCACAUCAUACCCGGCAUCGGUAAUUUUGGAGAUCGUUACUUUGGCACCGACGCUCCGUCAGACUGGUGUGAGAGCGAUGAAGGGAUGGAUUUCUGAGGAGGGAACUUAAUCAGGGAGGCAGAGGGUUGUUACAGAAGCACUUAGAGCCAUGAAGACGGUGAGAAGAGCCUCCGUCAUCCCUCGCUGCUCCGUCGACAUCCUCCUGUGGAC